AUGCAUGCCGGCAUGCGUGGGCCAUCGGCGGGGCAUGCGCUCCGGGUUCACCGUACCGGCUCGCGCACCCCCACAUGGUCACACAGGACGACCUAUGCGACUCAUGCGGGCAGCACUCGCGCAGCAGCAUCGAUGUUCUUGCCCUGCUUUGUGGAUGAUGAUGAGCGGCGCUCAUCAUGGGGUCACGAGUCGCUGUCCUCUCUUGGGCCCUCGUCAUGGCCACAACAGCCUCGCGUGGCGCGGCGACUCGCUGCUGCGUGGCAGCGCGCGUGUGCCGAAUCGUACCGGCAAGCUCAUGUGGGGCAUCCCAUGCGCACUGCUCGCCGAAGCUCGAGGUGUACGUGGGCCUUCGCAGCGGAAGCAGCACUGCGAGCGCACUUUCAGCGAGCCCUGCGCUGGCGAUCGGAAACCGCAGCCCCGUCCGCGGGGGACGAAGAGCUGGCGGCAGAGGCGGAGCUGCGCUCGAUGGCGGCGUUCGUGGUGGAGACGUACGUGUCUCUGUGCAAAAAGCCGGCAAGCGGUUGUCGCCCAGGUGCUGCACUCAUGCUAGCAACGCGUCAUUCAUGGGGCUCAUCGGAGCUGCAGUGGAAGCUGCUUGUACUCCUCGUGCUCGCUGAUGAGGUCUGUGCUGCGCUCGGUGACAGUGCUGCCUGCUCUACGCGCGCGUCGCAUUGGGUGAGUGGGGUUAGCGAAUUCUCUGCUGUGUACGAGUGCAUCAUCGUCGUGGCGGCUGCCCAGCUGUGCGCGCUGAGGCAUGCAGGUUGUCAGAGAGAUGUGGCUGGCGUCGCUGGCACAGACACAAGGCACAGCGAGGCGGACGCGUGGGAGGCGACUGCGGUAGCGCCACACAGUGUCCAUAUGGUGCGCGCAACGCGUCGCCUUGUGGAGGGUGUGCUGGCCUUCUGCACGAAACAGAAUGAAGGGGCUAUCUUGCUGCCAACGCGUACGGACGCCAGCGACGUGGAUUCGCUUAACAGCUGGUUUGGCGGGCAGCUCUGCUGCCUCGCUGAGACCUCGUGUUGUUCGUUGCACCCGGUUCGAGUGCACAGGGAUCAACGCGCAGCCUUGCCGGAGCCUCUCCUGCUGCUUCUUCGCCUGCUUGUGCAGAGCGCUUCGUGGCGUGGCAACUGUGCAGCCGCUGAUGUGAACGGUGCCCAGCACCUCCGUCACGUGUGUGCCGCCGUGCUGCUGAUCGAGCAUCUCUUGGAGCGCGCCUCUGCGGAUACGCUGGCGCCCUGCAUAGACGAAGUCCGCGGCGCUCUGUGGCUGUCGCGGCGCUUCACUUGCGGCGAUGAAGGAGCGGGCGACACAGUGCGGCAACCCACACCGACACCACGGCAGGCAGCGUGGCGCCGCUCUCUUUCCUCUUACAAAGACGCUCGCCUAGACGGUGGCACCGCAGCACUGGCGGCCGCCACCGGCCGAUUCGUCUGCCAGGUGCUUGACGGCUGCCCGCCGUCGAUUUCACGCCUGCUGCUGCUACCCGGGAGCGCACCCCAACUCUUCCCCUCAACGAUGGGCGGCCCCGCGACGCCGCUAGAUCGGGAGGUACUUGUCGAGGAGGUGGUGCUGCUCGCUCCAGGGAUGGCCCUCAGCGCCGCGUGGCGGCUGCGUCACGCUUGCGCUGUCGGUCCCUUGCUCCGCACGUCACCCACGGCGAGCGCACCGGCACUCGAACACGCCGAUGCUAUGGACGUCGCCGGUGCCCGUGACGGCGCUGCCUCGAAAUGCUCGGGGGUAGGUGACACGGAUUCCGGGGAGCACGGCCUACUCCUGCAACGACGCGAUACCCUGGAGCAGGUGUGGAGCCGACUGUGCCCCUCUUCCACCUGUGCAGCCGCCGCCUUGCUGCCCGCGUCGUGGCAAGCGUUGUCAAGUCAAUUCUUAUCCUCCAUCCUUUCCCAGGUGGAUCCGCCAGCAAUCGCGAGAAUGGCAGAGGCGACGCUGGGGACGCUGAGGAGACUACCACCGUUGUUGUCGGCAGUCCAUCACGAGGAACGCGCGAGGGCGCGCCGAAGUGCGGGAGCAGCGCGUCUCGGGGCAAAGGCCGGAGUGUGUGGAGGAACCCGAGAGGGCGCUGGGGUCGCGCCGUCUCGAUCAGCUGUGCUGGCGCUCCAGUGCAUGCUCGCGUCGGCUCCAACGGAUGCUGCCCGCGCAGAGGCGUCGCAGGCGCUGCUGUCGCGCCUCUGCACGGCACUGACGGCGACGGCGAGUGCACAAUCGGAUGAAGAAGACAACGUCGACCUCACAACGGAGAGGGUGCAUGGCGCUGGUGUGUGUCUUGUCGUCUUGCUGGCAUGUGCCUCGACUUCGUUUCGUGACCAGGCCGCGGCCACACACAAUUUCCUGGCAGCGGUCACGUCCCUGGUCGACAGCCGAGGACAUCCACAGCACGGUAGGCGAGAGAGCAGCGACGUGUAUUCAGCGCUGCGUAGCUGGUGGCCGGGGGUGAUGGGCAGCAUCAUGCUUGCACGACACGCGCAGCUUGCUCGGGGGGCAUCUCGGUGCGCAGUGCCCGCAUCGACGGAGCACGGUAGCGGUGAGGAGCCGCGGCGCGACCCGCUUGCGUCCCUGUCGCCGGCGGCGCAACUCGCGCUGUGGUGGGAGGAGCAGUCCAGCCUGCAGGCGGACUCCGCGGCUCCGCUGCCGCGCCUUCGGGAUUCCUGCUACUGGACAGGGAUGCGAAUCAUGCGGCUGUGCAACACCGCUGCCCACCUCGCCGCCACGUGGACGACGACCUCCAGCGCAUUGUCUUCGUCACAACUGCCUUUUUCGCCGGCACCGUCCACGGCGGAUGCAGAGGCGGCGAGGGUGGCGUGCACUGCGGUCUACAACAUGUUGAGUCUGGAGCACGUGUGUCAUCUCGCGAUUGCCUCUGCCGCCCUCCCGGGCCCCGGGGAGGCGCGUGAAGCCUGGAAUGCCGUCGCGGGGUCCUCUGCCACCGCCGCGCCAUCACCUCACACGGCACAUUCAUCGUGUGCUUGCGCACUGGCAACUGCCGACGCGGGCGUCGCGCUCUUCGAGGGUGACCUCAGCUCCGGCGAUAGGGUUACAAGCAUCUUCACGCACGCGAUGACUGCAGCGAGGGAGGCUGGGGGCGGUGCGUUGAACGUCCUGCAGCACCGCCAGGGACGCCUCCUCAAUGACCAGCAGCACGAGAGCCUUGUGGAGGCGAUGCGUGACUUCUCGAAGCGACGCUGCGUGAAAGAGGCGGUCGCGUUGUUCUACGCGCACGAGCGCCAGUACCGACGCCUGCGGCUGGCGGAGGUGGAGCUGUUUGCAGAGACGGCAAAGCGGGCGCCGCUGCCGUUUCUCGUACGCUUGUUGCUCUACGUACCGCCACCGUGCGAGAGUGCGGUGCUGGCCAGGGCUGUCAUCGCCGGCGCGUGGAAGGCAUACCAGCGUGCACUGCACCGGCACAGCAGACGGGUGGCGGCAGCAGCAGCGGAGAGGCGGCGCGGCAGCCGGCGAGAAAACGCGUCUCUUGCGUCACGUAUGCACCGCCAGUCGUGUCGACGCGUGGAGCAGGCGUGGUACGAGAGCCUGGCGGUGGCACGUCGUGCGUUGGCACUUCUCCCCAGUGCCGGCGGCACGGAUGGGUGUGACGAGGAGGCGCAGUGCAAUGUGCUCGCUCUUCUCCAGAGGUUUUUAUGCGCGCGCCCGCGCUCGAUGCAGACCCGUGCGUCGCCGCAGCGUGCGUCGUCGUCUUCCACGGGUGCCACCCUCUUCGCUGACGAGUGGGACAGCGACGCCGUGCAGAGCGCUCAGCUGCUGGCGGCGCUACUGCCGUCGCCGUCACCGUCGUUGUCGUCGUCAGGGUCACGGCAGAGGCUUCAUGUGCUGCGCGGUGCGUCGGCGCGCGGAUCCAUGGAAGAGCUUUACCAGGUAGUCCAGCUCUGCGACGCCAACAACGACCCGGCCACCGCCGUGCGGGCAUACCUGCGGUUCGCGAGCGCGCACGCCACAUCACCGCCACCCUCGCGUCUGUCACGCGCGUCAGCGCAGGAUGCACGGAAGCGGAGUAGUCCGACGGUCAAGGCGAACGAUGGCCGGGUCGUGCCGCUGCUAUCACUGGACACGUGCGUCACACUUCUGCGCUUGGCGAGCAUGCACGUGGUGGCCGCGUGCGAUGAGGACGCGGCCACCUACGGUGUUCCAGUCACGGCAUCCUCGUUGACGCGGGUGCCGCUAACCGCUCUUCUGACGUACGUGGAGGCCCAUCACGUGCCGUCGGAACUAUCGUCACCUGAAGCGCCAACGGGCUCCGAGGAGCCACGUGGCGGCGCCGUGCUGCUGCAGAAUCCUUCGGUAAGGAAUGCCGCUGCCGAGGAUGCGGAGAUGACGAUGCUCCUACACAUGCAUGCUGCCUUGGAGGAGAGUGCCGCUGCACCAUCCGACAUCGUUGCCGAGGCCGCUACCGCAGGCAUCGGUUCGACGAGCAAGCCGGUCGACGAUGCGAUGCUGGGGGGCAGCGGAUACCACGCUCACGUCAAGGGUACGCCUGCUUGCGCGGUCAGUGCAGCUGCGGCUGCCACGUCUCGCGCGAUGACGUACGCCACGAACUGCAUAGCUGCGGUGCAGCGACUCUCGCCGACGCUGCCGGCCUCACUGCGGUGUGUCCUGCACUCCGACAGCGCCGCCAUUCCCUUGACGGCAGUGCUGCAUGAUGCGCUGCGGUGGUGCCGACUGCGACCGCAAUCGGUGCUUGCUCGCGAGGGCGCCGCUACAGCUGUGGACGGACUCGAUGCCGCGGCGCUACACUCGCUGGCCGACCGCGCUCACAGCGACGACCCCGCCACGGCCGACGUUGUAGCGCGGCUGCUUGCCGCGGUGUUUCAAUUGGACGGUGCAGAGAUGGCUGAGAUGGUCGAUGCUGCUCGCCCUCGGCCCAUGCACGCUCUCGUCGUGACUGCAGCUGCGGCUGUGACGGCCGCCGACGUCGCCCCUGCCAUGGCGGAUGUGGCCGCGGGAGACGUGACUUCGUCGGUGGUGGUGACGCGUCACACCUUCGCGUGCCGCGCCGCGCGCGCGAACCAAGACUUCUGGUGCCUCGUACGGCACAGCGACGCCUUACUGAGCUACGUCUGGGACUACUUGUGGGAGCUGUACCGACUGGAGUCGACAGUGCUGUGGAUAUCGCCGGCGCAGCAGCAGCGCGCCUACCUGGCCGUUGCCGAGUGCGCGCAGGUGAUCUUGGCUGCCCUGCAGGCGCUAGAUGUGUGGGCGGCGGAGAUGCGCGCGCACGAGGCGCCCGAGCGAGUCAGCAGCAGCAGCAGCGGCAGCGACGGCGACGGCGACUACCAAGCCCAUGAGCAGGCCUCUUUCACAGGCGGCCGAAGCUGUGUGCCUAUGGCAGCCUCGAGCGAGUGGAGGCUGGGAAGCUCUGUGGAUGAGUGGCGAGUCCAGCUGCGAAGUGGGAUACUUCAGCGGGUGCGUGCGCGCCUCUUCGAUGAAGGCGACCUGCCCGAUGUCACGAGCGGUCCUCGUGACGAAACAGCAUCGACGAUGCUCCCGUGCAGCCUCUCGUCUUCCGGGAUGCCGGACACCACAUCAGCCGCGAUCGCGUACAUGACGACCGUGAUGCAGCACAGCAGCACAGCUUUCGAGAGUUGUGCCCCUACAACGACUCUCAUGCAGCUGGCAGGCGACCCAAUCGCCGCUGCAUCGCCAGUGCCGUCAGCCACAUCCCUCAGCGGAAGUGUGGUGAGGACCGAAGGCGCGACCUCCCCACGAGAGGUGCGUGAGCUGCUGUCGCGAACCACUCAGCAGUACUACGACGCACUCAGCCGACUCGCGAGCCCCUCGCUUCCGGUCAGCGGUGGCGCAGGGCCUCUGCGGCCCGUGCACCUCAGCCAUCUUGCCAUGGACAGCCUCUCCUACGUCCUCCGGUGUGUGACCGCCACUGCUGCAGCCGCACCACCACGUCGCCCACACACCAUCGGCACCGUUGCGGCGUCAGAAGCUGGUGGCACCACGGCCCUGCUCUCGCGGGUGGCGGCAGCUGAAGGCAUGCUGCGGCACGUAGCAUCGCUCGUGCAGCACGCAUCGGUGCUCAUGGAGGCGACGGACGCCGCACCGCGCACCGCCGGUGUCGAACUCCUGCGCACUCUUUGGUGUCUGUCAGGUGCCCUUCAGUACGCUGCGGCACUGCUGGAUGAGUGCAUGGCUUGGUGGACGCUUCUGGACCUCGAGGCGGCCGCUGCGCCGGCGAGCGAGCUACGAGGUGCCAGCGACGCAUGUAGCUGCGACGUUGGGAGUGUCUUCCCUUGUGUGAACGGGUCGCUGGUGGCGAGGAGUGCGCUGACGCACAUCCGCACACAACUGCAACGGCUCGUGGCAUCGUUUGCGGAUCUCUACGUCUCUGGUUGGUGCGGCAGCGUCCAUUCGCGGCUGCCAGAGGUCACGCGCGCGCGGCUGUGGAGUCGCGGCGAGUCGCGUGCGCAACAUCUGCGCGUAUGCUUGGUCUUGCAGCACCUCGCCAGUGUCUCUGGUGAUGCCGCGGUGCCCGCGCGGCUGGUGAGGGCGGGGGAAGCGCUGCAGCAGGCUCUCGCCCGUUACCCGUCCUCCUUCGCUGCCUUCACGGAGACGAAAGACGCGCGUGCACUGCAGCAGUCGGAUUUUAUGGAGUUGGACGAACUCGUCGAUGGCGAGCACCGCGAUGUCACCGAAUCGGUGGACUGCACGGCAGCGGCGACAGUGCGAACGCUGGAGCGCACGCUGCUAGCGUACCUCACUCGGAGCACGCCGCCCGACGGUGUGUUGGUGAUCGCACCCGGCCACAUGACGGCGGUGUCGAUCACUGCCUUGGAGGCUUCCUUCCAGCGCGCCGUGAUGACAUGCCUUUCGCCGUCGCACGCGGCGCUGCUCUGGCGCUUGUUUACAGCUCUCGUCGAUGAUGGCUGUCACCCCUCUGCCGCUGUUGAGGACACAACACAUGAGGGGAGCCCUGAUGUGCCUAGACCGAUGCGGUGCGAGCGUGACGCUGCCGCCGAGGGGUCAUUGGGUGUAAUGUGUGCCGUGCCAACGACACUCUGGCGGCAGCUGCAGCGUUUGGGCGAGGAAAGCGAAUCUGACGCGGCCAGUGACGUGCUUCGCUCGAGUGGUGCUUGUACGGAGGCGCCUGCGCUGCACAGCGAGCGCCUCGCCGUGUACGCAGCCCUCCUCUCCCGCCAUCCGCUGGUACUCAUGGGUGUGGUAAGGCACCCUCUCGUACGACAUCAUCAGCUGGCAGAGGCGCGCCGAGAGCAGUGGCCGCCGGUGCAGGUCGGCGCCGGCAGCGGUCGUGCUGUCGGCACUUCGCAAGCACCGUCGUGCGAGUGGCUCAAGAAGCUACUAUUAUACGGCGAAGAAGAUGACUCGGUAGCGGAGGCGAAAGUGGCAGCGAGCGAUGACGCAGGGGAGCCCGCCUUGUCCAGCGCAUGGACGGCAGCAGGCCGCACCCUCAGUCGCGCUGGCGGUAGUGGACUUCUGCGCACAUCCUCAGCAGGAGCCCUGGCGUUGCUGCCUGCGCAGCCACUGCGGGAGCGAUUUGUGUCGGCGCUCAUUCUUGCCGUGCUGCGUGAUGCAUCACUCAUGUGUGACGGUCCGUCUUGCGCUCCCGUCGCCUUCGUGUCCUUGUCAGUCGCAGCGGCGGUGGCAGCGCAGAGGCGGGAGUGCAUGCUGCUAGAGCUAGUGCAGCAUCUCGGCUACGUCGCCCCACAUGCGGUGCGCACGGCGUGUCGUUGGAUUACUUGCACACCGUACCCGCCCGCCGCGUGCUCACCGGCGUCCUCCUUUCCCGCAGACGCUUUGCCGCCGGCCCGGCUAAAGUGCAACGCGCUGAGCUGCACGGAUGCCACAACGCUGCGCCGGCUGCGGGUUGCGCUGCUCUCGUGUGGCCCGUGGCCGACUACUGUGGCGCGAACGCUCCUCGAGUACGCGACGCGCGUGCAGCGCGCAGCCACACAGGAGAUGGCGCACGCUGGCGACGGUGAGACGCCCACGAUGCCGUUCCCUGAGGCGCUCGAGCUCUAUCAACGACAGCAGCAGCAGCCAGAGAGCAAGCGGCGCAAAAUGGCUGAGGCACCACAGGCGCUGAUGGUCACCGCGCAACACCAGGUCGACGCUGUGCGAGGCGUGCGAGACCGUAACGGGAGCGGCUCCGCUCCCCCGUGUGGUCGAGGCGCUUCUGCUUCGCCACCUGUGCUGAGUACAGCCAGUGACACGGUGCCAACAGUGCACGCACGAGGAGGCCGCUUCGCUGUCGGGCCGUCACGGCCGCUGCCUCCCGCCCCCGCCGCGCCGAGCUCUUCACUCGGCAGCACCCGCUAUGGGCGUUGCACCGGUGCAGGGGCGCCGCUGUCUGCGAUCCAGCUCGCCUGCGAAGAAGGUGCGCGCCUGGUGAAGGCGCUCCGCACGUCUACUGCGCCGGCUGUGUGGGAUGCCGCAUCGCGCAUCGUGCUGCGCAUGUGCGACCUCGCCACGGCGCCGUCCCACCCCGCCUGCGUUGGCCUUCUCAGCGACGCCGCGUUUAUGACGGACUUGAUGGCGCUGCCCACGAAGCGCGUGGCGGCUACCGUGAUGCUCGCCUGGCGAACGCUUCUUGUACGAGCUGCAGAGCUGGACUGCCGGGAGCAGAAUUGGGACAGUGCUGGCGAUGACGACGGAGUCGUUGCCGCUGAGGUGCACAGCCGGACACGAAGCCUGUCGCUACGAGAAGCCGGCUCGAGAGACCGGCGCUGCAUGACGGUGCUGGACGUGUACGCGAUGUUCUUCCUCAUAGCCUCUCGCGCGUGUGAUCGGCUCACCGCUAGUACGCCACCGCUUCCACGGGCGAAGGGGCGACAGUGGCUGGUGAGCGGGCAGCGCCAGUUGGGCUCUUUGAAGCGGGAACUGGCGGCGCACUGGGUCGCGGUGCUGGCGGACGAGGUGAUGGCCUCGCAGCCUGUGUUCCAGUGCAGCGCCACGAGCGAGGCGGAGGCGAUCCGCGCUCGCAUCGAGGCGUUCUGUCGCAGCGGCGCGGACAGAGGCGCCACGCGAUCCCCCACGCUGGGCCUCGUGACCCUGGAGGAGCACCUGCGUCGCGCUCAGGCGCGCUUGCAGGCGGUGUCGCAGGAACCUUUGACGUCCUCCUCGUCCCCACGAAACUCGUAUUCGUCAGGAGCGGCAGACGACAAGGCUGCAGCGGAGCUCUCGCGUUUGCAGAGGGAGGCCAGUGCGCAGCUGCGUGAUGCAGGCGCAUGGCUAACCUCGCUCCCUCGCCCCGUCACCGCAGAGGUAUCGCCGAGGCUGGCAAAAGAGGCCGCGCACGCGUCACCGGAGCGGGCGUGGUCGUUGUGGCCGCCUGCCGCCUCGGAGACCUACCAACUACGGGCGUGCAUGCGCAAGAGCUCCGACGAGAACACCCUUGUCACCGUCACGGUCCGCCACCCAGUCUCGGCGGUCACGUACCUGUGUGCGUGGAGGCGAGAGCACGUGUCGGCGCCGCAGACAAGGCGAUCAGGUGCGCGUGCAGAACGUUGUCCGGAUAGCGCCAGGACAGCCACUGUCAGGCCGUACGACGUGAAGGGUGCGACAUGCGUGCUGCUACCGGCGGUGUGCCUGCCGCCCUCUUCCGCCGCGCAAGGCAGCAGACAACCUGGAACCUCGAGGGGGCGUGCGCAAUCUGCAUCGCAGAGCACUGCCGCCGUAUCGCUGACCGAUGUGUGGCGUGCCGCGGACGCGUAUGUUCGGCGUGGAUGCCUGGCCCUGGUGUGUGUGCCACGUGGCGGCCACGGCGUGGCAUCCGGAUGCGGCCCAGCGGGCGGCAGUGCUGUCGGCGCCGUCGAAAUGGAUUUUUCGCAGGCUGAAGUCGACAGCACGGCUACCGGGACCACCCCGGCUGGCGCAGGGGUGGUGAUGCAGUCGCUCUUGGGCCUGGUGUCGCUCGAGGAUGCGCGCCUGCAACAAGAGCAGCAGCAGUCGAGGCGGCAGCACGCAGGCCUCCGCUCUCAGAGCGCUGUGAGCGGUGACACGCUCCAGCUGCUUUCCGUGCUGCGUCAACUGCGCCAGCGCCUGCUUUCUCUUGCCCCUGCUGCCGCUGCCACGGUGUCCGGGGCACAUGGCAUGGAGGGGGCGGUAACAACCGUGACCGCGGAAGACAAGGGCGACCCGACACCCGCUGAGUCACCGUGGGCCGUCUUCAUGCCUCUUUCCUGCGUACGCGGUCCGAGGGCGCUGCCCGCUCGCCGUGGAGGCGAACUAGACGCUGCUGGCAGCGCCUGGCACUCGUACCUCCAUGUGCUUCUCCUGUGCGGGGACAGUCUGCUGUGCCGAGUCGCACAGCGUCGCGGGCGUCGUGCCUCGUCGUCGGUCGCUGCGCUGACGCGCGUCACGCAUCAGCUGCAGCGGCUGGCGUCCCUGUCCGCCCUUGACGAGCAGGUGACGCCCUCGCUGGUGUCGUCUGCGUUUCGGUCCCGCCUCGUGGAUGGCCAGGAUGCACCGCGCAUCCUCUGCUUCCAGCUGCGCGGUCUGCAGCACAUUCGUGAUCACGUAAGCCUGCUAGGCUGGACCGUGGAGCAGCAUAGAGAGCUGCAGCUAGCGCAGCAGAGCAUAGUAUCAGCGGUGGCGGCGAUCUGUGCGCUGCAGCACCGCUCGCAUUAUGGGCAACAGUGUCUUCAGAGAGAGGAUGGGUGGGAUGCGGCUGCCACGGCACGCAUCAGACUCUCGACAAGGGUGCGAAGGCAAGUGACGGCAGUAAUGCAUGAGGGACCUGUCCAUCCAGUCGAGCAGGCAACCGCGGUAUGUUUCUACCCUGCUCUUGCACACCUGUUGCGGCAGCUCUCUGUUACAUAUCCGCCUAGCACUGUUUCUGCCACCUCUGCGGAAGAGUUAUCCUCAUCGCGACAGCGUUCUCCUGUUGAGGAUCGCGAACCACGCGCUGACGACGCCGCGGCGGAGGUGGUGACAGAGUUUGCGGGUGUCGUCGCUACCUCGGCGCGUCGCCGGCACCGCCCCCUCCAUCCCCGGGCACCGCAGACGACAGCAGCAACAGCGACAGCGGAGAGCGACAACGCGGCUGCGGCUCUGCUGUCCACUGUAUAUGGAGCCCUCUGUGAGGCACACGAGCAGCAGCGGAGCGGGCCAACCGAUCGCCGUCAAAACAUCGGGGGUGCUCACACCUCCACUACACCGACACUGACACCCGCGGACUCGUGCGGCGAGCUGCAUGCGCUUCUCUCUGCUGUCGUCGCUGCCGUUCAACGGCGCUCGCGCGACGCAGACCCGCGGCUACUACUCGAGUUUCUCAGCGGCAAUGAACACGACGCACUGCUCCCGCUCGCUGCGGCUGCCGAGGCCUCUUACCUGGAGACGCUCAUGAAGGCCGUGGCGCUCGGCGCAUCCGCGCCGUUGCCCAACGACGAUUCGCACCGCGUAGUGGAGGCGGGGCUGACCCUGUUCGCUCUCCUGCAUCCGUGGCUGCCCCUCUCGGCCUCGGCGCGGGCGACGUGUGCGAUGGAGGCGGCGCUGAGCCUCGUCACGCUCGCCCUACAGCAGCGCGAGCGCCUCGACAACAAGCGAGGCGCUGGAACCAUCGUAAAGUCGUCGGCGACGUCGCUCUGGUAUCUCGUCCAGGUUGUACUCGUCAGCAUUCUGCAUCAUCAGCAGCCGGCGCGGCUGUCGGUGCGCAGUCUCGUGCUCCUCGGCGUCAUCUAUAGCCAGCUGCGGAACUUGGAAAAAGAGAGGGGCGGGGUGCUCGACACUGUGCGGAGCCGGCGCAGCUCUCGCACGGCGCUGCAGGCAGAUGCAAGCGUGCUGCUGUGGCGGAUCCUCAGCGCUCUGAGCGCGCUGUCUGAGAAGGACGCGGCAGAGGUGCGUGACGCGUGGAUGUCGGGGCGAAAGGUCGGCGUUGUUGCUCGAGGGCCGAGCAUUGCCGAGCAUGCGUUCGCACGAGCAACUGAUGGCGCGGCACUUACAUCCGUGGCGGAGAGCAUACAUCUGCGCACAGAAACGGGCGAUGCAAAGGCGGAGGUGUGCAGCGGCGCUCACGUUAUAGAGGUACUCUACCACGGGUCGCUGCAGGCUCUCGGCGAAGACGGCAGCGGUGGUGGGGCUACUGAGCAGGUGAGCGGGAGCUGGACGUGGCCUCUGCUGCUUGCGGCGACGCGGUUGAGGACGUGGUUGGCCUGCGAAGAUGUCACCGCUGCAUCUCCCAUUCGAGCAACCGCGAGCAGCCGCGACUCAGCAGCAGGGGCAACGCUGCACCCAUGUACAGCUUCCAGGCUGGUCCUACCGCAGCUCUGCGUCUUGGAGGAGGCCCUGUGUGGUAUGCUGAAGGGUGUGGACGAAGAAGCUGGCGGUGCAGACAACCGUAGCAGGACAGGCCGCGGAGCGACUAGCGGAGGGGUGCCAGUACCGCUGGCAGUACGUCGCCGCAGGCUUGCGUGUCUUCGCGCGUAUACCCUCUACGCGGAGAUGAAGCGCACGUGCUCAGCGCCGCUGUGGAGACGACCGCAGGGCUGCCUACGGAACCACGCGGAAAACGGUGAUAGUGACAGCUCCCGGCACGACGAUGAUCGAAGUCGCCGCGACGGCGUCGGCGAUGUCGCAUCACUGGUGCUGGAACUCGCCGUGGUGGCGGCGCUCUCAGCAGCAGACGCAUCGCCGCACUCGCGGCACUCGCGUGCCGUCUCAGACGAACAUCAACUCGCCCUUCUUUCGGCGUUUGUGCGCUGCUGCGACGCUCUGGGUACGCCGCUACCCAGCCUUCCAUGCUCACAGCCGCUGCCGCGGUGGGGACAGGAAUGUUCAUCGGCAACACCAGCGGUGGCAUCUGUUGCCUCGCCUCGCGCAACUGGUCUUGGACGUGUCGGUGUCGAUGCGCACGCAGCGGUGCGCCAUCUCGCAACGACACUUCUUUUUCGCCUUGCAGAGGAUGCGCCACUCUCAGCGCCGUCUGCCCAAGCGGUCCUUCACGAUUGGCGUGCCGUGCUGACGCCGCUGCAAGCGCUGCGGCGCGUGACUUUUGCCUUUCCGACGCCAGGCGCACGCUUGCCCGAGGUGGAUGUGGGUGCCGAUGUUGGGUCUGGACACGGAAGCGUGUGGCUACUCAGCACCUCCUCUGCAGGACUGCAGUGGGUACCCGUGUGCCAAGCCGACCCUUCAUCUGCCAAGUUGGCCGGAUGCCUCGACGUGUCCAGCAGCGAUGCUGACAGUGGUGACGGCGAUGCUUCUCAGCCUACCGGUCAGCAGCCGCAGCCGCAGAGCCAACGGCGUCACUGUCACCACGACCAAUCUCUCCAGGGUAUCUACUACACUACCCUGCGUCUCCUGUGGCGCGGGGGGCACCUCGCCAAGCUCCCCUUGCCGGUUCUGCUGAAGGAGCUGCUGCGCCCCUUAGCGGAACUGGAGCGCGCCGCAGCGGAGAUAUCGAUCCGUUCCCCCACCGCCACCGAGGCGGCACAGCGCACCGUGCGGCCGACUGUGCGCGGCCGCGAUGACGGUGCCGCUGGAGUAAACCGGAAGACAGCCAAUCGGCUCGCAGCACUCGUCGAUGUGGCUCAGCAGCUCUCGAUGCACCCGGUUCUAAGCGCGUCAGCCGCAACAGCUGCUGCGCAUGACGGAGACGGCAGCUUGGGGGCUGGUUGGACCUCGGCGUGUCUCGUAUUCAAACUGCUCACGCAGAUAGAGGCUGCUCUCAGCACGCGAUGCGGGAAGUCCCAAAGUCGCACUAAGGGCAGUGAGCGUGCGGCGUGUGCCAAAACGCCUUGUGUCUCGCCCUCUCACGCCUUCGCCGCCCGAUACGCCGACCUGCUUGCCCAGCGCGGCACGUGCGCUCCCGACUAUCUUGCCUUCAUGCUUGUCGUAUCGCGCCACUGUCCAGAAUUGCUCCCGACGCACGGGGGCGGUGCUCCGGGCGAGUCAGAGGCUCACGAGGAACGUCGGCGGCUACUGCGGCACGCGCAGCUGCGCCACGCCGUUGCGCUGGCAGCUCCGGCGCCCGCUGUUGGGGCGGUCAUGGAGUUAUUUCAGCUCCGCACGGCGCACUGCCGUUGUGCCAUGGCUGCGGCGCAGCAUUUCGACGCAGCCCCCGCUACAGGAUCGGCUGCUGCUGUGGAAAGGAACACAACGAGGCAAGGGCAGCGUGUAGACGGUGAAGGGGGCAUCAGCGGUGAAGCGGACAGCCUUCUUGGAGCGCUAACACCUGACGAGCAGACGCUCUUGCAGCGCCUGCAUCACCUCCUGCAGACGUCGCGUGGCAAGGCGGCAGCGCCGCUGAGGAAUCGCGGUACGAAGUGA